CGAAUCGAAGGGAGUCUUCGUCCACAGCGCGACGCGAACCGCGUAACUUUUGAAUCUGGUUUUUUACAUUUUAACAGUUCGAUUUCCAUGCUGUAAUUUUAUUAUCACAUAAAAGUGGCUUUGGAAAAUAUUUUCAAUUUAGUUACCUAUAAACUUUUUGACGUGAACAAUCGUGAAACUUUAAAACUUUAAAUAAACUUCGAUUCAUAUUGUACAUUAUUGAUAUAAAAAUAACAAAAUAUAUGGUGCAUUUGCUUAUAAAAGAAAUUGUGGUGUGACGAACAUCUAUUUUCUUCUGUUAUUGUGAAAAUCUCGAUUACUCAAAAUUGAUCAUCUUUAAAAGUUUUCUUGACAAACCACGAUGGGUCUGCAAAAAAUUCUUUUUAUUCUCGUGGGAAUGAAAGUUUGCAUGGCUUGGCCCAGUUUAAAUGAAUUGGAAGAAAUUCAAAAUAAAAAGCCACCGACAUUUGUAACACCGGGACAGACGUACAGAAUAGCAACGGGUAGCACUGUUGUGUUGCCUUGUCGAAUAUCAGAUCCAGGAAGUUUCGUUCUUGUAUGGAAACGUGGCAUAGCCGUUUUGACAGCCGGACCUGUCAAAGUAACUCCUGAUCCGCGAGUUCGACUGUUACCCUCUCCUGCAACAUCCAUGGGUAAUUUACCCGGUGUACCUGGAUUUACUGGUGGUGGUUACAGUUUGGAAUUAAAAGAUGUCCGACCACAAGAUGCUGGCGACUAUGUGUGUCAAAUAGGCACCCUAGAACCACAAGAAAUCACCCACACUUUAGAGAUACUCGUGCCUCCUCGGAUUCAUUACGUCUCUCACACGGGACCAUUGGAUGUCGUUCAAGGUGCUACGGUAAAGUUAGAAUGUCGUGCUUCGGGUAAUCCUGUGCCAACAGUGGCAUGGACAAGGAAAAACAACGUCCUACCCAGUGGAGAGCGUAGCGUGUCCGGACAAGCUCUUGUGAUACAAAGCGCUGACAGACAUUCGGCCGGGCAGUACAUGUGCUCAGCGGACAACGGAGUUGGCCAACCCGAUACCAAAAUCAUAACCUUAAACGUACGAUAUGCGCCAGACGUAGAAACAGAAAGAGCUACUGUUCAUACUGGAAUUGGUUUAGAAGCGUAUCUAGUUUGCAUUGUUCAUGCAGAACCACCACCACAAGUCUUGUGGUUCAAGGAUACGACUCAGCUGGGAACGACGGAACAGCAUGCUUCCCAAAACCGGGGAAACAGAUACACAUUAAUUAUUCGAAAUGUCACGGAAGCAGACUUUGGAAACUACAGUUGUGUGGCGAGCAACACUCAUGGUAAAGCUCGAGGACAUUUGACUCUAACUGGAGUGCCCGGUCUCGCCGUCUUCGAUUCUGCGUCCUUGGGCACUGAAAAGGACAGUUAUAACAUCUCCUGGUCCGUCAACAGCCAUGCGGCAGUCACCGAAUAUCGAUUGUUCUAUCGACAACAGCCAAGAACCGCACACAGACAACAAACUCACCAUUAUCGCGAAAAGGAUAACGGAUCGUUCACAUCAAAUUAUAGAAAUAAUAGUUGGAACAGCGUGGUAAUUCCCAUUCAAGGAAUGACAAACACGCUGCUUCCUAUGCCUCCGCCGUUUCCGGGAGUAUCUCGUCAGAAGAUGUGGUAUUUGAUAAGUAAUUUGUCACCUGGCACUAACUACGAGGCAAGGGUCCAAGCUAAGAACGUGCAUGGAUGGAAUAAACUGAGUCCCGUGUUUCAUUUUACAACAAAAGCUAAUGAUGUUGAAAAUAUGGUCGAACCAUCAGCUCAACCAGCAGUGUAUGGACACGGCAGCAAUCAAGACAGCGUUUCUGGAAAAUACAGCAACUCUGCAACUGGCGCAGGUUAUUCGAAAAUCGUAUUAAUGUUGUUAACGUCGUUUUUCAUGUUGUAAAGCACUAGUGAGUGAAAUCAUUCGGACAGACAGUUAAAGUGACAGCGAUGGAAACUGAAAGAGGUGACGAGUUUAAAUUAAUUACCUAUUAAAAAUUUAGUGUGCUAUAAAUACUUGAACGGUAUUCCAUAAAAAUAUUUUUAUUGUGUCUGUUUUUAAAAACAUCUGUACUUCGAUGUGUUCGCUUCAAUAUUUCACUCUUAAGCACAACGUUAUGUAUUAUAUUUACAUAAUAAGUAUAAGCUAUUUUUAGAGUUAUCAUUAAGCCUGAAAUUAUUAUAUGUUUGGUAAGUGCUAGCAAUAUUGAAAUCCUUGCACUUUUUCAGAAGAUUUAGAACGCCGAAGUGAAUAUUUAUAUAAAACACCUAGAUGUUUUCAGUAAAUCUUUCCUUUUAUUUUUUUUACUUUUCUAAAUAGCGAUACUUACAUAUA